UUUUUGUUCCCUUACAUUUCUCUCGCCAAUGUUUAGCUACUUAACCCCUCCACGUAUCUACAUUUCCACGUCGCCUCGGCUCCACCUUCCCCUCCUCUCGCGCUCUUGUAUGUUCCGCCAGGCGCCAGCUUCCGGCCGCUGCCCCUCGGGAGGUUGAAUCGCCUGGCACUUCUGAAGUCCUCUCCUAUUUUUGGAGAAAUGUGCUGAUCACUUGGAGUCUGAUGAGCACAACGGUUCCUUUUGCGAGGCCCGGUCCUUGCUGGGACCUAAAAAAACUGUGUGAAAAGAGCGUUUCUGUUUUACGUUGUAAAUUAGGAUGCAGUGCGGUUUACAAUUCAGUGGAAGGCCAUCAUCUACAGAAGCCACACAUUGUUCAUAGCUACAAAGUUAACUUUACUAGAGUGAGCCAUCACCUGUGUAAAAGCUUAAAAGAAAGAACUACAAGGCACAGGCUGCAUCGAUUCCAUGUUAAUGCUUCGUCAGAUGAUGACUUCCGCUCGUCACGUAAUAUAGCAAUCAGUCUUUUUAAGCGGUAUAAGAAUGUUAUUAAUCGAGGAGGUGGAGAUAACCUAAAAGAAUUCAUCAGUGCUGGAGUGAAUGCAUAUGCCCUAGGGUGUACGGAUGAGGGGCUUAGAAAGGAACUUAUGGAUAUAGAAGAUUCUGGUCUUGAGAUUGAAGGCUUAGGGUCCUGUGGUGGAACCAGCUUGAAGUUCAAAGUCCACUCCUUUGAGAUUCGUGAAUGCAUUCUGUGGCUCGGUAUAGUAUUCAUCACAAUACUGUGCACACCACAACCAACAGUUAUCAGGUGGUCUCCUACCCCGCCGGUGUCAGCUGAUGUGUUGCAUCAGUGGAAAGGAUUUUGUGCUAUAAUCGCAGACGCUUACUAUGUCAAAGGAAUGGCAUGGUUACCGGUGAAAAUCUUGCAGCUGGAACAGAUGGCUGUCACAGGAACUUCAGAGAAACCAUCAGUAGUUGCUAGCCGGAUGCAGUUAGUUUUCAGCACAUUAGAGGAAGUUAGCCCACAGUGGCCAAGAGUUUGAUUCAGUGAAAGCAAUUCGAUCAGACAAAGGUCUUCAGUUUUAUCCUGACCAAACGAAUGGCCCCGUCCAAGUUCAAUGGUGUAAAGAAUGAUACUGCUCCUUGUUCAUUUGAACUCAAAUGUCAAAACAGGCGGAUGUACACCAAACAAAAAUGUUCAUUAUUGUAAAGUAUUCGAUAAUACAAGUAUGGAAAUUUCUAUCUUCAUCUACAGAUUAAA